UUCCGCGAUCUGGAUUAUCGUUGAUUAUCGUGGAGACCAUUCCUGACGAUGCGGGGCGCGCUAAGAUGUUCUGAGUGACUGACACCCAGUGCAGGUUAUUCAGCCAGAGUGAAAUUCGAUAGUAAACAUGCAACCGCGGCAUCGCGGCAUGUGAGUGACCGACGUAUCGUAACGCUCGAUUAUAAUGGCAGAGAACCUGUCGAAACGGCCUUCCAAAGGAAUCUUGAAGACGUCCAGCAGUUUUGAUAAUCCAGAGGCGGCUAGGCCGAGUAAAGAAACAACAUGGGACGAAAUGAACAUAAUUGCCACUCUUCAUCCUGCUGACAAGGAUUAUGGCCACAUGAAGAUCGAAGAGCCAAAAACCCCAUACAAUUUUGAGGGCCUUCAAAAUGAACAUGAAUUUGAUCAAUUAGAUGCCAGUACUAUCGCAGCAAAAUUGGCUGGAAGCAGUAAACCAAAAAUUUUUGAGGAGUCCAGUGAGGAAGAGGAGGAUGAAGAAACUCCUGAAGAAAGAGAAAGGAGAAGAGCCUUCGAAACGAAGAGGAAAGGCCACUAUCGAGAGUGGCAUGCCGUACAAAUGGCGAGACGACUUCUGGAACAGGACGAAGAGGAAGACGAGGAUGAAGAUGCCGAGGGUAAAAAUAAUGAGGAAAUCUCAUCGGAAGAAGAGAGCAAUUUUGACGCUCGUUUCAAAUGCAUGCCGUCCUGUGAUAGAAGCGAAAAGAAAUAAACGAACAGCACUGAUUAGUGACCGUACAUUUAAGUCAUCCAUCGUGAUCAUAAUCCCGCAGCAAUAUCUAGUUGAUCAUUCGACAUUAUGUGACUAAAGUGCAUCGAACAGCAGGAGAAAUUACAUCGUUACACUUAAACUCGAAUUAAACUUUUUGAAUUGUAGUUACGCAUAUAUGUAGCUCCUAUAACAGUUUCAUCCUCUGUAAAUAAAUAUCUGGACAACUCGAAUGUUUAGGAUAAAUCGCUGUUAGAUUUUUUCAAGAGUAGAUAGUUUGCGAAUGACCCGCUCGCAAUUUAGCUACUAAUCGAGGUGAAAAGUACUAAUAAGCUGUGCACAAAACUCAUCGUGUUUAAUGACUGUCUUUAGACUCAUAAUUGUGAUUCGUAAAAGCUUCGAUCAUCGUUUUGCGUAUAUUGUUACAGGCCUAUCGAUGUUAUUUUAUAACAUUGGUUCUCCAAAAUCAAAAUCUCAAUUCCGAUAAAAUAUUUGGCAAAAAUUCGUAGGGUCGAGGAUUUUUAGUCGCUGCAUCAAAAUUCGACGAACAAUAAAUUUGAACGACGUACUCCGUACAUUAACUUAAGGCGCCAUAUAUUUGCAAUAUUUAUUUACAAGAAACACGUAUAUUUAAAAAAGAAUAUUAGUACAUGUAUAAUACAUUGGAAAUCCUGUGAUUAGCAUAGGCGUAUGCUACGUAACAUCGGAAUGUGUGAUCUCGAGUUUCCGUUUCUUUUCGUAAUGUUUGAUCUUAUUUUCCAAACUCUCUGUAAUGAAGGUAUAGAUUAUAUUGUACAUCCAGAUAGAUAUAAUGAAAUCGUUAGUUUAUACUGAGCGAAUCACUUGAUCCAGACCUGUCCAAGUUUAUUGAAUGAUAGUGCAGUAUAUCCUGCUACUGUCCCCGACCACUCACCGCUGUGUAAUUUUUUGCGACACUGACCGCAACGCACGAACGCAAUACAACGAACGUGAGUGGAACCUGAAUUGUUUGUUCUCUGUCCUUUUCAGUGAAGCAAGUAAAUAAAAGGGGAAGAUGCGAGUCAAAACUUGGACAGACCUGGAUUAAUCUCUGAAAUUGUAUCAUUAAAAGAGGAUGUAUAUGUAGGAAAAUUACAAUUUCAAGGAUAGGACAAACGUCCGAACGUGCGACGGCAAUGUGUUUAGAAUAUAAUAAGAAAGAAGUUAUAUAUAUUACUAAAAUACUUUGAAUGUGUCUGUAUCAUACAGUCUGUAGAAUACAGCAAUACUAGUAGAUUUUGAA